GUUAUCAAAUGUAACCACUCCGUUAAUUGACUCUUAUGUUAAACGGAUAUUCCGUCAUUGUGAAAGGACAGCUGUAUAAAGUUUACAACCACUGUUCGUGUGAGUUAAACUUAUUAAGAUGAUGAUGUUGGCGUAUCUUGUAAUUCUGCUGGUCGGACAAGCGGCUGCAUCGCACAUGCCGGCCAAGGACACCUUCCAACAAGACGUAUCGAAAGGAGCCACCAAACCCACAUCUAGACGUCUGGUAGGGGCUCUCUCCAGCGGCGUCAAACGUACUCCGUUGAAAUCGAGGCUGAAACGAAGCAUUUAUUCAUAUUACACUGACCAUUACGCUCAUACAAAUUUCGAUGACUACCCCUCGGCGUAUGAGACUUACGAUUAUAUUUCACCGGACGCCGACACUCACGACUGGGCGACGGGAGGUGACGGUGGUACGUCAUGGUCAGACACAGACAAUGACGUCACGUCAGGGUGCGAAUGUACAUUGACGUUGAGGAAGGGGGGCCGGGAACUGGCAGAAGGUGAGCACGUGCUGGCAAGGAGAGGGGAGACCAAUCAGGUGAGCUGCGAAGCGUUCUGUUCCGGAAGUGGAAUCACUCCUGCGCUCACAUUCUACAAAGAAGGCAACGCGUUAUCGCAGAUAUCCGGCAGGGUGUAUUACAUACGGCGGUCCUCAGAUCGAAGCUCAGUGCUCACUAUUCAGAAUAUGUUACGGCGUGACGCUGGGUUAUACACGUGUCAAGGCUGGCUGUCAGGUCAAGGUCACAUCCAGAAAUCAUUCAACCUUGUAUUUGCAUGCCCAGCUGGUCAGGAGAUGUGUGACGACAACAGGUGCUUGCCAGUUAACGUGUUCUGUGACGGUGUUCCCGAUUGUGUUGAUGAAACGGACGAGAUGUAUUGCACCCGCUGUGCGGACUUUGAGUUCGAAUGUGACGGUGGUUGCCAGACACGUGACUACCUGUGUGAUGGAUACCCUGACUGCGGUGAUGGAACAGAUGAACACGACUGUCCGUCCCCAGUUCCAAUAUGUGAAUUCGAGUGUGGUGACGGUCAGUGUGUGACGUCAAUCCAGGUGUGUGAUGGCGUCAUACAGUGUGAUGGAACCGGAAGUGAUGAAUUCAGCUGCCCGGUGUGCGAAUUUUACUGCGAAAACGGCAUGUGUUUAACGCAAGCUGAAGUUUGUGAUGGAAAACGUGACUGCAUAUCCGGUCAAGACGAAAACGACUGCUUUCAAGUACCCACGUGUUCACCCGAGCAGUUCCGGUGUGACGGAAGCUGCAUCCCGGGGUCGUACAGGUGUGACGACUACCCGGACUGUGCAGACGGCGAGGACGAGGCGAACUGUCAGGGAACCUGCGAAGACCACUGUUGGGACGGCACGUGCCUUCUGGAGGGUUACAGGUGUGAUGGCACGUGGCAAUGUUCUACGGGGGAAGAUGAGUUAGGGUGUAACCAAACAGAUUGCGGGUCAGGUCUUUUCCGGUGUUUGUCAGAUGAGGUCUGUAUUGACGCCAGUCGGGUUUGUGACAGCCUGCCGGACUGCGAGGACUUGUCGGACGAGAUUGACUGCCCUCCAUGUUCGGACAGUUCGGAUUGUUCUUCAACCACGUCAACUUCACCGUCAACGACCUUAUCGUCUACAACCCAAGCGCCGACGACGACCCAAGCGCCGACGACGACCCAAGCGCCGACGACGACUCGAGCGCCGACGACGACCCAAGCGCCGAAGACGACUCAAGCGCCAACGACGACUCGAGCGCCGACGACGACUCGAGCGCCAACGACGACCCAAGCGCCGACGACGACCCAAGCGCCGACGACGACUCAAGCGCCGACGACGACCAAAGCGACGACGACGACCCAAGCGCCGACGACGACCCAAGCGCCGACAACGACCCAAGCGCCGACGACGACUCAAGCGCCAACGACGACUCGAGCGCCGACGACGACCCAAGCGCCGACAACGACUAAAGCGCCGACGACGACUCAAGCGCCGACGACGACUCUAGCGCCGACAACGACUCGAGCGCCGACGACUACCCAAGCGCCGACGACGACUCGAGCGCCAACGACGACCCAAGCGCCGACGACGACCCAAGCGCCGACGACGACUCAAGCGCCGACGACGACCAAAGCGACGACGACGACCCAAGCGCCGACGACGACCCAAGCGCCGACAACGACCCAAGCGCCGACGACGACCAAAGUGACGACGACGACCCAAGCGCCGACGACGACUCGAGCGCCGACAACGACUCAAGCGCCGACGACUACAGCAGAAGAGUGCUCCAGUGUGCAGUUUCGCUGUAAUGACGGUGUGUGCAUUUCGAACGUUUUUCGCUGCGAUGGGUCUCCCGAUUGCGCCCAGGAAGAGGAUGAAGCCGGAUGUGGCGCGGCUAAUCCGUGCCCGGAAGGACAGUUCAGGUGCGGGGUAAACGGAGUAUGCCUCAAUGUCGCAAAGCGGUGCAAUGGCGUCCAGGAAUGCCCGAACGGCGAUGAUGAAAAUAAUUGUGUCUAGAUCCAGGAGAUAGUUUGAAUUGUAUAUAUAAGUCAUGUAUCACAGACAAUUCAUUUUUGUGUGAAAUAGUUACGUUGUAUUACUACUGUUGUUUUAAAGGAGUAAAAAACGGUAAAUUUAA